AUGGAUGUGAGGUUCUACCCAGCGGCGGCCGGAGACCCCGCCGGCCUGGACUUCGCGCAGUGCCUGGGGUACUACGGCUACAGCAAGUUUGGAAAUAAUAAUAACUACAUGAACAUGGCUGAGGCAAACAACGCCUUCUUUGCUGCCAGCGAGCAGACAUUCCAUACACCAAGCCUUGGGGAUGAAGAAUUUGAAAUCCCACCAAUCACGCCUCCUCCAGAGUCAGAUCCUGCCCUGGGCAUGCCUGAUGUACUGCUACCUUUCCAAGCCCUCAGUGAUCCGUUGCCUUCCCAGGGAAGUGAAUUCACACCCCAGUUUCCUCCUCAAAGCCUGGAUCUUCCAUCCAUUACCAUCUCUAGAAAUCUUGUGGAACAAGAUGGCGGGCUUCAGAACAGUGGAUUGCAUAUGGAUCAGAGCCACACACAAGUGUCACAGUACCGUCAGGAUCCCUCCUUGAUCAUGAGGUCCAUUGUCCACAUGACUGAGGCAGCUCGUUCUGGAAUCAUGCCUCCUGCCCAGCUCACCACCAUCAACCAGUCUCAGCUCAGUACCCAACUCGGCUUGAACUUGGGAGGUGCCAGUAUGCCCCACACAUCUCCCUCGCCCCCAGCAAGCAAGUCGGCCACUCCCUCUCCUUCCAGCUCCAUCAAUGAAGAGGAUGGUGAUGAAGCCAACAGAGCCAUCGGAGAGAAAAGAACAGCUCCAGAUUCUGGCAAGAAGCCCAAGACUCCAAAGAAAAAGAAAAAGAAAGAUCCCAAUGAGCCACAGAAGCCAGUAUCAGCAUAUGCCCUGUUUUUCAGAGACACACAGGCUGCAAUUAAAGGCCAGAAUCCCAAUGCAACCUUUGGUGAGGUCUCAAAAAUUGUAGCAUCUAUGUGGGACAGCCUUGGAGAAGAACAGAAGCAGGUCUAUAAAAGGAAAACGGAAGCUGCCAAGAAAGAAUACCUGAAGGCCCUGGCUGCAUACAGGGCCAGCCUCGUUUCUAAGGCUGCCGCUGAAUCAGCAGAAGCCCAGACCAUUCGUUCUGUGCAGCAGACCCUGGCGUCAACCAAUCUGACAUCCUCUCUCCUCCUGAACACUCCGUUGUCUCAACAUGGAACAGUUCCAGCCUCACCUCAGACUCUCCCGCAGUCCAUCCCUAGGUCGAUCGCUCCCAAACCUUUAACCAUGAGACUCCCCAUGAGCCAGAUUGUCACAUCGGUCACCAUUGCCGCCAACAUGCCCUCGAACGUUGGGGCUCCGCUGAUCAGCUCCAUGGGGACACCCAUGGUGGGCUCAGCAGCCUCUGCCCAGGUGAGCCCUUCCGUACAAACCCAGCAGAUGCAACAGAUGCAACAGCAGCAGCUGCAGCAGCACCAGAUGCAGCAGCAAAUCCAGCUGCAGCAGCAGCAUUUCCAGCACCACAUGCAGCAGCACCUGCAGCAGCAGCAGCACCUCCAGCAGCAGAUCAACCAGCAGCAGCUGCAUCUCCAGCUGCAGCAGCUGCAGCACAUGCAGCACCAGCCUCAGCCUUCUCCCCGGCAGCACUCGCCUGUCACCUCUCAGCUCACAUCCCCCAUCCCUGCCCUCGGGAGCCCCCAGCCAGCCUCACAGCAACACCAGUCGCAAAUCCAGUCUCAGACACAGACUCAAGUAUUACCACAGGUCAGUAUUUUCUGAAGAGGACGCAUGUGGCCAGGUGGAUUUGCGUGCAUGGAAGAGGAGAGUGGCAAGGGAAAUGAAGGAAGGCAGACAGGGCUGAAAGUUGUGCAGUUGGUCUUGGUUAUGCAGAAAUGUGUAACAGGUUGACCGGUCCUCUCCAGUGUCUAUUAGAUAGGCAAUAAGACUGAAGUGUAGCUGGGUGACACCUUGUAGAUGACUAUUAAAAUCAUUGUUGAAACAAGGAAAGCUGUGCUCUUUUUAUGUGAUGCCUUUUUUAUUUAUUCAGGCUUUACCUACAAUAUGUGAAUCAAACUGUUUAAUGAAUCCUCCACUAUACUGAUGACUAGAAACUGGCCUGAGUCAUAGAAAAUGGCCUUAUUCUUCCAGAAGUGAGUCAACUAUACUUGCAGGCUAUUGGAACUUCCAAAGCCCUCACAGUUAAAUUAAAUAAGUUAAUUAAUUAAAGCACAGUUGUAACUACCUGAAAUAGGAAGAUCCAGUUUCAUACAAACAUUUGUAUGAUGUGAAUAGUUGAUGGCAUUUUUUGUCAUGAAAAAAAAGUUAAUGUAAAUCACAGACUUUUGCCAAAGCUCUUAUUUUUUUUCCUAAAUCUCUCCAGAAAGAGAAAAUAAUAAUAAAUGCAAGUGAUUAGAUUCAAUUAUUGACUGAUUUUCACUUUUUAUCCAUGACUUUCUCCAAAUCAAGCUGCAGUAUAUAUUGAAACAGUAUCGAAGGACCACUGCUAGCACAGAUGUUCAUUGCAAUUAGAGGAAAAGAAAUGUGAAUCCUAUAUUCCGUGUUAGGAGUGACAAGGUUCGGGAAAAAAAUUUAAAAAAUUAAAAAACACUGUAUUUUUAAAAGGGAAAUGCACUUAAAUGAAGACACUUAUUUCAAAAGUUAAGAUUUAAAAAGAAAAAAUGCAAGAGUUUUUAUUAUGAUGUAAUACCGGUAGAAUAUUUAAAAGGCACACUUACAUCUGAAUAAUCAAUGUAAAUAUUUUCUUUCCAAGUUGUAAGUUUUCAUAUAAUGUGUUGUAAAGUUUUCCUAAACGAGGCUUUAACGUAAACACUGGUGACAUAAACCAUUCAUUGCUAUGUUGCUUAUUGUGUUUUUAUGCUGUUUUAUACUUUUUUAUGAGUUACGGACGAUAGCGGCGAUUAAGUUGUUUGUAUUUUGCUUAACUAAAACAAAAUGCUUUUAUCUUGCUAUAGAAUAAACACAUUUCAGUAAAAACUGUGGACUGUAUUUUGAUGCAACAACAAGAAAAAAAAUGUUCCCUUUUCAAAUAAAAUGGUAUGUCAAAUUUCA